AUGUUAUCACUAUCCUCAUCAAAUAAUGACAACAAUGAUUCAAAUAUCGUUGAUUUAUUAUAUCAUUUAUGUAAAGAAAAUGAAAUAGAAAAAGUUCAAAAUAUUCUACCAUAUAUUGAUAAUAUAGAUAUUAUAAAUAAAAUUCAAAAUUCAACUGGUUCAACAUGUUUGCAUGUGGCAUGUUAUUAUGGACAUCAACAUAUGGUACAACUUUUAUUAGAAUAUGGAGCUCUACAUUCCAUUAGAAAUUUACGACACAAUUUAACACCUUAUGAAGAAGCAUGUACAGAUGAUAUCAAACAGUUGUUUGUAGAACAUCGCAAAUUAUUUUCAAAUAAUGAUUUUGAUUAUGAUUAUAUUGAAUGGUCAGUAGUAGGAGAUGAUCUCCUUGGAAAACGACGUGAAUUUCGUCAAGCUAUUGAUUUAUAUAAAACCUAUGAUAAUCAUCAUUUAAUAUCAAAAUUAUUAGCUGAAGUUAUUCAUUAUUAUUUAAAUGAAUAUCUGAUAAAUGAAAGUAAUGAUACUGGCAAUCCAGAAGAUCAAAUUACUCGUCAACACAUUGAAACUAUAGAAGCAUAUUUUAAAGAAGCUAUAGAAAAACAAGAUUAUUUAACAUAUUUUAUAAAAGCUUAUACAUUAACAAAUUGUUUUUAUAAAGUAUUAAAUAAACAUUUGGCUCUGUAUAUAUUACAAUAUUUUGAUACAACAAAAGAUUUUUCAUCAAAUUAUCGUCUUGUGAAUUGUCUGGUUCACAUUGUUACACUCUUAAUCUAUCAUCCCAAUUUACCUCAAUAUCAAUAUCGAGGUUUAUGUUAUCGUGGUAUGAGAAUAACACAAAAUGAUUUAGAUCAAUAUCUCUCAAAUCAACAUAUAUUAAAUCGUUCAUUUUUAUCAACAUCAAUUGAUCGUGAAGUAGCUGAAAUGUUUGCUGGUGAAGGUCAACAAUCGAAAAUGAGAUAUACUCCUAAAGAUCAUUGUGUAUUACAAUAUUCAUGUUUAUGUCAAUAUUUAAUAAAACAAAAUUCAACAGCUAUUAAUAUACAAAGUUUAUCAACAAGACCGGAUGAAAAAGAAGUUUUAAUUCUUCCGUUUACCGUUUUUAAAGUAAUAGCAAUUAAACGAAAUUAUCUUAAUGAUUCAACAGCAUCAAUUUCAAUUGAAAUUGAAUUAGAAGAAUGUGAAGAUCCAAAUGAUAAUAAAAAUGAAUCAGAAAAUAGUAAAACAAUAAGAAUAGCAUCAUUAUCAUCAACUAAUGAUGACAUAAAAGAUGUUGAAGAAUAUCAAAAAUUCAAACAACGAAAACGUCGUCUUUAUGGCAUUAUUGGAUUUUUGGUGUUCGCUAUUCUUUUGAGUUUAACUCUGGUAUUAAUUUUUAUUUUCGUUAUUCGAAAAGAUUCCACGAAAAACACUGCAUCCAUGGCAACGCCUACCACAGAAAUGGUUAAUGAUGAUGAUGAUCCAUUACCACAAGGUUGUCCCAAUAUAUUAAAACGCUCUAGCUGGAAUGCGCGUCCGUAUACCAAUCGUGAAAAUUUAACAACAUUACCGGUUACAAAUAUUGUUGUACACCAAUUAGAAGGUUUGAAUUUGAUUAUGAAUGAUCAAGAUUGUAUUGCUCAAAUAAAAGGACUUCAAGAUUAUGACAUGAAUAUAGAAAAUUGGGCUGAUAUUGGUUAUAAUUUUCUUCUGUGUGAUGAUAGUGGCGACCAACAACAAAUUUAUACAGGCAGAGGAUGGAAAUUUACUGGUGCACAUUGUAUAAGUUAUAAUAAACGAUCAUUGGGUAUUUGCAUUAUUGGCAAUUAUACCAGUAUAAGAUCUUUAAAAACAUUUGAAUCAUUAAUUCAAUGUGGUAUUAUGAAGAAUGAUAUUAUGAAAAAUUUUACACUGGUUGGACAUUUUAAUUCAACAAAAAUUUACGAAUAUUAUCUGGAAUAUUUUAGAAAUGAUACCGAUCUUCAAUAUAGCAAUCAAGCCAGUAAAAAACAGUUUAUGUGUCCACAGUAG